UGAAUAAUUUCUUCUUUUACAUUUAAAUAGAUUUCUUUAGCAUCUAACAUACACCUUAAUGCGUGCAUAAAGCCAACCCACGUUUAAAACACAUAAAAGAACACGUCAAAUAAAACACAAUAUAAUUUUCACGCCACGUCAAGUCGUAUAGUAUGCGCAUGUACAACCGCAACAUCCUUUCAUUACGAUUAUUUGCCUAACUUAUAACCCAUACAUAUAUAAACGGCUAACUAUUGCCUUAACGCCUCACUGCUUUUGUUUAGAAAAUUUGUUGGCCAUCUUUACUUCAUGCUUUACAAGAAUUCACACUACACACACUUUGCUUAUCCGCUUGUGAGUUUAGCGCUCAUGGUGUAAUCACGAAAUCUUCGCCGCCUCUUUAACCGCACUAUGCAAUUACCAUUCGCUGUUAUCACUCUCCUGGGAGUUUACGCGCUUGAUUAUAUUAUUGCUUUAAUUUUAUUUUAUUUUUUUUUAUCUUUUUGUUUAAUGCUGAAGUUAAUAAUACAAAGCCGUGCGAAGGCGUUAACUGGUCUGAUGAAGCGCGUAAUUGCAUGAAAUUACGGCGUACUGCUUAAGCACAACUACAGCAAAAAUAGAAACAACAACCGACACAAGUAGGACAUGAAGGCAUGACUACAGUAGCAGCCAAACACACAAAAACAAUAACAAAAUAAAGCUUAAUAGAGAAACAAGAAAAGGAGAAUAAAAUCAAGGAAACAAAAUUAAAAACAACAGUCCUUCCAAUACCCACUAGCGUGUAACAGAAAACUGCAAUAAAAACAAAUAAAAAAAAAUAGAAAAAGUACAACAAUACAAACAACAACAACAACCACAAAAAACAUAGCAACGCAACAAUCGUACAACGACGGCAUCUACAACAACUACAACGACUAACUAGAAGCGAGUAGAACAAGAAAAAAAACUAAACUUGAUAAAACAGCAACAAUACGUCAAAUCUACUAGCAACAGCAGGUAUAACAACAAUACGAAUGCAAGGGAAAACAGCAAAGAAUAACGGCACAGGUUGUAGCUAAUAGCGAAAGCUAGGAGGGAAAAUUGCAAGAAGUUAAAGAAGAAGAAAAGCAGGUCGUUUUAACUAGGACACACCUGUUGACGGCGGUGAUUAUAUCCUUGAAGUAGUAGGACGAGAGCCGAAGUUGCCACAUUGCGUUCAACAAUAAAAAACAUUUGACAAUAAUCCUUGCGGCCUGCAACGCAACAGCUUUAAAACAGAACAGCGCAAACAUAAGCGGAAUUAAGCUUUCCAAAAGCGCUGCGCUUUGCUUUCUAACUGCCAUUGCCACGCAUCUUUUUUACAUCCUCAAUCGUGAUUCCGGAAAAUGGGCCGCAAAAUCACUGUUGCCGUUUCGACGCUCAAUCAAUGGGCGCUUGACUUUGAGGGCAACUUGGCGCGCAUACUGCAGUCUAUACUGGAGGCGAAGGACAUGGGCGCUUGCUAUCGCACUGGGCCGGAACUGGAAAUAACUGGUUACAGCUGUGAGGAUCACUUCUUCGAACCGGACACAUAUCUACACUCAUGGGAGGUACUCCUGGAGAUCAUGCUCUCGCCGCUUUGCGAAAAUAUGCUCAUCGACGUUGGCAUGCCCAUAAUGCAUCGUAAUGUUGCCUACAAUUGCCGCGUUGCCUUUUUCAACCGCCAAAUAUUAUUGAUUCGUCCCAAAAUGGCAAUGGCCGAUGAUGGUAAUUAUAGAGAGUCGCGUUGGUUUACUUCCUGGACAAAGUCUCUUCAAACGGAGGAACAUUAUUUGCCUCGCAUGAUCUCUCAGCAUACUGGUCAAACUUCGGUGCCUAUUGGUGAUGCAGUUAUUGCUACCAAGGACACAUGCAUCGGUUAUGAGAUUUGCGAGGAGUUGUGGAAUGUGAGAAGCAAACAUAUUGAUAUGUCACUGUCGGGUGUCGAAAUUAUCGUUAACGGCUCCGGCUCGUACAUGGAAUUGCGUAAAGCGCACAUUAGCACCGAUCUGAUACGCAACGCUAGCUUCAAGGCUGGCGGCGCCUACCUCUUCAGCAAUUUACGUGGCUGCGAUGGACAACGCGUGUACUUCAAUGGCUGUUCGGCUAUAGCUAUGAAUGGUGAAAUAGUUGCGCGUAGUAAGCAAUUCGCAUUGCAGGAUGUGGAAGUCACCUUGGCCACCAUCGAUUUGGAGGAGAUUCGCUCGUAUCGCGCCUCACAACGUUCGCGCUGCACCUUCUCUGCCUCGUCGCCCAACCAUCCACGCAUUAAUUGCGACUUUGAGAUGUCCACGCACAAUGAUAUCUUCAAAAGCGCCUCCACGCCUAUGCAAUGGAUAUAUCAUACACCCGAAGAGGAAAUCGCCAUGGGUCCCGCCUGUUGGCUGUGGGACUACCUACGUCGCUCCGGUCAAGGCGGCUUUUUCUUGCCACUCAGCGGUGGUGUUGACUCCAGCAGCUCUGCCACAAUUGUGUACUCUAUGUGCCGCAUGAUUGUGAAUGCCGUGCAGGGCGGUGAUGCUCAGGUGCUUCACGAUAUACGCAAAAUACUUGCCGACUCUGAGUAUACACCAGACAAUCCGGCAACACUGUGCAAUCGCUUAUUGGUCACCUGUUUCAUGGGUAGUGUCAACUCAAGCAAGGAAACACGUCGUCGCGCUGCACAGUUGGCAAAUCAAUUGGGGAGCUAUCACAUUGAGAUCAGCAUCGACACUGCCGUUAACGCAUUGCUGGGUAUCUUUAAUGCGGUCACUGGCUUAACACCGCGUUUCCGCACUCAGGGCGGUUGUGCGCGUCAAAAUCUCGCUUUACAGAAUAUACAGUCGCGCAUACGCAUGGUUUUGGCUUAUAUGUUUGCACAGCUGAUGUUGUGGGUACGCAAUCGGCCAGGCGGUUUGCUGGUGCUCGGUUCAGCGAAUGUGGAUGAAGCUUUGCGUGGUUAUAUGACGAAAUACGAUUGCUCAUCGGCGGACGUGAACCCUAUAGGCGGCAUUUCGAAAACCGAUUUGCGCCGCUUUCUCAACUACGCGAAGGAGAAAUUUAAUUUAACAGUCUUGGAAUCUAUUAUUGAAGCACCACCCACUGCCGAAUUGGAGCCCUUACAAGAUGGUAACCUCGUUCAAACCGAUGAACAGGAUAUGGGCAUGACUUAUGCUGAGCUGAGCGAGUAUGGACGCUUGCGCAAACAGGCCUGUUGUGGACCAUACAGCAUGUUUUGUAAGCUGGUGGCCACUUGGCGAGCAGAUAUGAGUCCCAAGGAGGUUGCCGACAAAGUGAAGCACUUCUUCCGUUGCUACGCCAUCAAUCGUCAUAAGAUGACGGUUCUCACACCAUCAGUGCAUGCCGAAAGCUACAGUCCCGACGAUAACCGCUUCGACCAUCGUCCAUUCUUGUAUCGCGCCAAUUGGAGUUGGCAAUUCAAAGCUAUCGAUGAUGAGGUGGAAAAACUACAACCCAGCUAUACACCCACCUCAACGCACAGGCGUCCCAGUAGCGAUGACUUGUUAACACAUGAAGCCAGCACCAUACAUCAUUCCUUGCAUCGUUCAUCACAUUUGGAUUCGAAGAACUCAUCACCAUUGUCGUGUUCUUCCAUUGAUGCUGCCGGCGCUGGUCCCAGCGGUAGUAUGGGUACUUUGGGUAAAAAGUCGAGUGGCUAUUCGAAAGUGCAUGUAAAUGUGCUCGGCAAGAUUAAGGAUCGCACUGGUAUACCGGUUUAG